CGACGCGCGACCUCGAGUUGUGUGAAAGUUGUUCGAAUGUUGUGAUUGUGCGUGUUUUGUGUGCUUGUAGUUAUGAGUGUCGUUCAUCGAGCAUUAAAGACACAUUUCGGCUUCGAGAAGUUUCGCUCUCGGCAGCAGGAAGAGGCCGUGAACGCGCUGCUGCAGGGUGACAGGGAUGUGUUUGUCUGUAUGCCCACUGGAGCUGGUAAGUCUCUGUGUUAUCAGCUGCCAGCUCUACUGGCCAAUGGAGUCACUCUGGUCAUUUCUCCUCUGAUCGCCCUCAUUCAGGAUCAAGUGGAGCACCUGAAGGCUCUGAAUGUUCCAGCGCGCUCCAUCAACUCUAAACUGCCCCUGGCCGAGCGCCGCCAGAUCCUGGCCGAUCUGGAGAGCGAAACUCCUCGGCUCAAGCUGCUCUACAUCACUCCAGAGAUGGUGGCGUCUCCAUCCUUCCAGCCCGUCCUGAACUCGCUGUCUUCACGGGGUCUGCUGGGGUAUCUGGCUGUGGAUGAAGCUCACUGUGUCUCUCAAUGGGGUCAUGAUUUCAGACCCGACUACCUGAAGCUGGGAGACCUGCGCUCUCGUCUUCAGGGCGUCCGUUGUAUCGCCCUCACAGCCACGGCCCCCAAAAGAGUGAAGGAGGACAUCGAACGUUCGCUCAGACUGCACUCUCCGCUAGUCUUUUCCACACCGGUUUUCCGGAAAAACUUGAAGUAUGAUGUGAUAUUCCGUGAUUUGUUGCCUGAACCCUAUGUACACCUGCUGGCGUUUGCUAAAGAGUCUCUGGGCGGAAAUACUGCUGAAAAGGGAUGUGGGAUUGUUUACUGCCGAACGCGAGAGAGUUGCGAGGAAGUGGCUCAUAAGUUGACCAAAUUAGGAAUCGCAGCCAAGCCCUACCAUGCAGGGCUGAAGUCAAGCGAUCGUUCGGAUAAUCAGGCAGAUUGGAUGGCUGAUAAAGUGCCUAUUAUUGUGGCCACCAUCAGUUUUGGUAUGGGAGUGGACAAGGCCAAUGUCAGGUUUGUAGCUCACUGGAAUCUGGCGAAGUCUCUGGCCAGUUACUAUCAGGAGUCUGGACGCGCUGGACGUGAUGGACUGCCGUCGUCCUGCAGGAUUUACUACUCACCCAAAGACAGAGACCAGCUCAACUUCCUCAUCCGCAAAGAAAUCUCCCGCAAACAGGAGAAGCGAGGAUCAGAGAAAGAGCAGGACAAAGCGCCCAUCCUGGACUUUGAGGCCAUGGUUGCUUUUUGUGAACAGGAAGGGUGCCGACAUGCCACCAUCUCAACGUUUUUUGGCAAUGAGAAACCCAACUGUGCAGGAGCGUGUGAUUUCUGUCGUGACCCCAAACUGGUGCGUGCUCAGCUGGCCAGAGCAGCUGCCCUGAGCACCAGAACCAACCCGACACAAAGCACAGAGCCUAGAGGACCAUUCGGAUUCGAUCCAGAGCUGUACGCCGGAGGAAGGAAGGGUUACGGCUUCGAGAGGCAUGAUGAGGAGUAUGGCAGUGAGGAAGAUGACUCUGAGAAGAGGAAGAAACAGUUUGGAGAUCUCUUCAAGAAGCAGAUGAGCUUGAGAAAGGGAUCAGAUGCUCCCAAAGAGACGUUUGUUCCACCAGAUGCGGACUGUGUGUUGAAGGAUGCCAGCAGUCAGAGGAUCCCCAGACUCACAGUGAAGAGUCGAGAGCACUGUUGGUCUCUCCUGCAGGAGUGUCUGAGCAGCCACAGCGGAGAUGCAGAGUUUUUACACCGCUCUGAGGCUCUUGAUCAGGCCGUGGACAUCGAGCACGAGAUCUUCAAGAGCAGUAAAUCUGCAAACAUCUACAAAGCUGCUGUUCUGAAGAGAGUGUCAGAGAUGAAGAAGAGCACAUCUGUGAGCAUCACUGAGGAGAAACCAUGUGAAUCUGCAGAGGAGAAGCCGACCUGCUCCUCGUCUGCUCAACAUCUGGACGGCUUCACUUCAGCCUCUCAGAUAUACUCGCUGAAGAGGAAGCGUGUGGGAGCGGGAUUUCGAGGCUCGUCCAGCCUGUUUCAGCCAGCUGGAGAUCUCCUCAAGAGCUCCGACCAAACACCUGGAGACAAUAUCUGUGAGGAAGAGAGCGGGAAAACACAGAAGAACAACAACAACACGUCUUCCAUCAAAGCCAAAAGCGGCAGCUCUUCCUCCCUAAACAGCCCAAGCAAAAAGCUCAGCAGGAAGCAGCAGAAACUGGCGGAAGCGGCCAGAGACACGCGCCUCAUAUCACUGUACUUCGGGAAAAAACAAGCUCAGAAGAAGAGUUCAUCAGAGCCUGAGGAGACUGAGGAGACUGAAGAUGUGUGUGAGGAGACUGAAGAUGUGUGUGAGGAGACUGAAGAUGUGUGUGAGGAUCAGUCGGCCUCAGCUAACGGCCUCAGCAGCUCUACUGAAGAUGCAGAGAGAGCAGCUCAGGAGAGUCUCUGUGAGGUCACUGCACAUGCUGAGGAUUAUGGCAGAGAGAAUCACCAGGAUGACGGCCAGGAAAGAUCACCAAAACAAGCGCAUGAGGACAGGUCUGAGGUCAGAGCUCCGUCUCCUCCAGUCAAACGCAGGCGUGUGCUGAAGGACACGAAGAGGGUGACCUUUGACCCGGUGGUGCAGGAGACGCAGGUGGAGGCUCUGAAUGGAGACGGUGCGGAGAUCUUACGGAGGCCUGUGACGCUCAAAGAAGCUGCAGAUAUCGUGGUGCGCUGCCUCGAUCCCUUCUACAAACAAGGAAAAUUCUCCACUAAGGAUUUGUUCAAAUCGUUCGCCCGGUUCCUCUCUCAUCUUCUCACUGAGGGAAAAACACCAAAUCGAGGCCAAGUAAAGCUGGAAGCGAAACGGCUCAUCAAGCGCUUUUUCAGCAGGACGGUGCGCUGUGAGAGCGAAUCAGACUGGAUGCUACUAAACAAGCAGGAGAGAUAGUGACCGAUGUGUGUGUGCUGUCAGAGAUGCUGCUUUUUAUCUCAGGUGUUAUCAUCGUGAGGCCUACGCUGCACAUUCAUAUGAACUGCUGAAAUCCACUGCUCUUGAAGUCAACAGACCGCAGUAUCUGUUAUGUAGCAUUAGCAUUGUAAUGCACUUCGAGUCGGAUGAACUGUAUCGAAAAGUACAUUAAAGGACAACCGUGUGCAAAUGGAAAA